AUGAUUCGAGGCUCAAUCGAAGAACAGGCUUUACUUCGGGCUCCAAUCGAUGUCGGAGCCAGGACUACACGGAAAUCUUCGUGCCGGAUGCUAUAUGUAUUUCUUCUUCUCAUGACGAACAUCUGCUCUGGAAUUCUUGCAUUUCACAGUGGUCGGCUAGAUGCGCGGCGAGUCUAUUCGAUGGAUCCUAUAGGCAUCGAAGCCGUCUACAAGGGAGUAUCCAGGCAUCUUGUAGAUCACAGGUUCUCUCAAUUCGACUUGUAUGAUAACAGAAGUCGGUACACUGCCACACCUAGCAAAGCAGUGGAUGACGCCUGGGACGAAAUUGGCGCCGGAAACCACUCUUUUCUUCUACCACUUCAAUACGGAUCUCUCUUUGGCCUUGACCAACGCCGCAAUCUGCAUGUCAGGCCACCUCAGUGGGGACCCGAUAAAUCAGGCUACUUGGUUCAGCUAUGGGCAAGUCACGAUGUGCACUGUGUGAAUCUGCUGCGGCAGUCGCUAUACUUCAAUCACGACUACUAUAAGUCUCAUAACGGUCAUUUGAAUGAGACGGAGGCAGAGCACAGAGCUCACAUAAAUCACUGUGUCAACAUACUGCGCGAACGUGUUAUGUGUGUGGCAGAUGCUAGAGUAAUACCAAUGGGUUGGGGACCUGGCGAAUUCGACUUUGGAGUUAGCCGCAGAUGUCACCUACACCGGCCACUCAUCGAUUGGCUUCGCGAGCAUGACAUUGGCCCCAAUGAUCCAGGUGUAGCAUGGGAUUUGAUCAAGAUACCUCCAGAUGCUAUUCCCGGUGCAGCAGGAUACACUCUGCCUACGGUAGAAUAG